CACGUGUAAACCGUGUAACCUAAAAAAGGUCCAAUGUAGGGAACGACGGUGAUUUCUGCUUACGUAUUCACGAAUUAAAACUAGAAACAAAAAAUCUAAAACGUUGUUGGCCAAAAAUGAACAAAGACGCAAAUGAACCUGGAAUGCGAUUCCCUUUACGCAUUACGAAAAGCAACGUAACUUGUUCCGUUCGCGGGUGCAGAACCAAGGCCUCCGUACACGGGACAGUUAGAUUACACCUGUUCCCUAAACCCAACGAAACAUUUGUAGAUUUUCCUAACGAAUUUGGUAUUUUGGAGAAAACUGACCGUCGUAGAGCAUGGGAGAAAAUAUUGAAAAUGGAACGGGAAGCUUCGUCAUGGAUGCGAGUCUGCUCCUUGCACUUCGUCAAGAAUGACUACUGCUUCCAGAGCGUUCAUUCGCAGAGAAGACAUCUAAAGAAAACUGCAGUGCCGUCGUGCAACUUGCAGGGAUCUUUCCUUACAGGCAGCAGAAGAGGCAGAAAGAGAAAUAUGAAAUGUAAAGUGGAUGAGGAGUGGUUACCAAAGAGAAUGUGUCGCGUGCAAACAGAGGAACAGCCAAAGCUCGUUCGUAUAAAAGAAGAGCCAGUUGAUGAAGAUGAAGGAGAACAAAUAGACAUGGAAGAAUCAUUAGCAGUCAAGACAGAACUGCUAGAGCCAAAAGUAGAAUUGGAUGAACCUGUAAAUGAUAUUCCUUCAUUUACCUUUGUCAGGACAGAAGUAGUGACUAAUGACCUAAGAGUUUUCCAAUUUUUUGACAGCGAUACGAGCGAUGCUCAUUUGGCUACACUGACAGGAAUCUCGAAACUAUCUACUCUAAAUAAUUUUAGAAAUACUAGACACUGCUGAUCCUGAAGACGUAUUUUGUCUACAAUUAAACUCGAAGCUACAGGUUCUGAUGACGUACGUGAAAUUGAAGCCCAACUUGUGUUACGAAUUUCUCGCAGUAUCAUUUAAAUGUGGUACACUGUGGGAUUGUAAACAAAUGAUAUUUUGUACUCUGGACAUAUUGAGUGGCUGUUUGAAAUAUGCUAUAUCUUGGCUAAAUAAAGACAGUCUCUAGAAACCUGUCUGAAUGUUUGGGAGGAUUGGCCGACAUUUGCAUGGUUCUAGGUUGCACUGAAAUUGAAAUUAAGAGGUCGAAAAGUCUGUGCUGACAAUUCGCCACCUAUUCUUACUCUGAACGAUCUCAUACCAUAACAUUUAUCACAGGCUGGAUCCUAAGUGGUUUGAUAUCAUUGUGAGUGAUGCUUAUGGUAGCCAAGCUUUCGGUGAAGGUUGAAAACCUUCGAUAUCUUAGGAUCCACAUUGCCUAUGUGCCUUACAGAAAGACGUGCACAAAGCUUUGUCAUUAUCUCUGCCACGGUGAAUUUGGACAACCUUACUUGGAAGAGUGACAAAUUUAAUUCAUAUGAUUGCAUAGCAUCAGUGAAUAUUACACGUAGAAUGAAAAAUUCUUCUGAGCUGUAGGAAAAUGAAAGAAACGACCCUUAUUAUGAAGAUAUUUAAAUUAUAACCAAUCAUGUGCAAAAAGAAUUCAAAAAUGGAUCUCCUCUAUUGUGUUGUGUAGGUCAAAUUGUACUAUAAGCAAUAUGAAACAAUACUUGAAUAAAAUUAUUAUUUUCAUAA